AGACACCCACUCCUUUCUUGUACAGUUUUGAUUGAGACAUGUUGAUUGAUGUUGUAAGUUCUGUUCAAGAUCAAACAUUCAUGACCAACUAUAUUCAUUGGGUUUGGCUCGUCGAAACCGUACUACUGCUGCUGCAGUCAGCCAACAAUGCACUUUUGCAGCCAGGAACGUGUCAUGAAGAGGGAAUACGAAAAUACGAUUUGCAAUUUGCUGAAAUUGGUGCUGCCUAUGCACGAGCUGAGCGCCUGCUGCUGACGUCACCCACAAUGCACUUUUGCAGCCAGGAACGUGUCAUGAAGAGGGAAAAUACGUGCAUUUUAGCGUUAGUCACUUUUCAAAAGUUGCUAAAAGUUCCAAAUACAUUUUUAAAAGUAGCUACAUUUGUUGCUAGGUGCUGUUUGAAAAAAAAGUUCCCAGGGUAGUCUGAAAAGUUGCUAAAUCUAGCAACAAAAUUGCUAAAUUGGCAUCACUGGAUGGCUGUGUGGUUUCACUUUUCCCCUGAAAAAGUCAGUCUACUAUAAUCUUUGUGGUCGUUUGGAUUCUACUGACGUCCAGUGGUGAUCACGGGUAUUGCCGAGGCUCAUAAAUAAAGUGUUACACUGACUUGAGUUUAUAUUUUAGGCUACAUUGUAUUAAUGAUUAAUGUACUUAUCGAUUGGUUGUCUUUUUGGGGGUAAGCGGCUCUGUUUGAUUAGCUUGUUACAUGUUCACGUGUGGGUGGACGGGAUAAAGUCAUUAUUCACACUGAUUUAGUAACUUUGGAUUUUCCCGUCCAGUAAACGCCACAAUAUAUAUAUUUUAAUCGGCUUCUUAAUUUUUCGCCGUGUUCUACCCUAAUCCAUUUCGUUGAAACACGACAGCCUAGAGGAACUCCAGAACUGACAAAAAAAAUCCUCGUAUCUGCUUCCAUUCAGCACUGCUCUCAUUCUUUACCUUAACCAUGCAACUCAUUCUUUCCUGUGUUUUCCUGGCAUUUUGGAGGGGAUUGGUCAAAGGGUCCCGCUGUCCUCUGAAUGACUUCCAGCGUUCCGAGGGAAGGGAGCUGGUUCCGACCUCCUGGAACUCUGCACGGGUGCUGAUACUGCCAGGGCUGAUGCUGGAGGACUGUGCCAGACGAUGCUCAAAUACACUGGACUGCAGAGCCUUCAACUACGAGACGCGUCCCUCCAUCACCUGUAAACAGCUGCCAUGGGUGGAGGAUGGCAGCAACGCAGAGGUCAAGAGGAACGUCAACUGUGACCUUUAUGAGAAGAAGGUCUACGUAAGAAAGUGCAUUGUGGGUAAAGGAGAAGACUAUCGAGGCAAGGUGUUCAUGACAAAAAGUGGCCAUACUUGUCAACAGUGGUGGUCAAAGUUCCCACACGAUCACAGAUGGACACCCACAGCCACUAAUGGCUUGGAGCUGAACUACUGCAGGAACCCAGAUGGGGACCGCAUCGGGCCGUGGUGCUACACCACUGAUCCAGAACGGCGUUAUGAGACCUGCAAUAUCCCCCACUGCAAAGAUGAGGUGUGUAUCACAUGUAAUGGGGAAGACUACAGGGGUCAGGUUGACCACACAGUGAGUGGCAGAGAGUGCCAACGUUGGGACCAGCAGUACCCACACCAACACAUCUACCAGCCUGAGAAGUAUCCAGAUAAGAGCUUGGAUGAUGACUACUGCCGUAACCCAGACGCCUCCCCUGUUCCCUGGUGCUACACCACAGACGCUGAUAUGGAGAGAGAGCGCUGCGAGAUCAGCAAGUGCUCUGUGGUUACAAAGAGACGCCUCCGGUCCAGCUACACCACAAACUGUUUCCGUGGUCGCGGGGAGGAUUACCGCGGUAAAGUAAAUGAGACGACCGGCGGUAUCGCCUGUCAGCGUUGGGACGCCCAGUACCCGCAUGAGCACCCCUUCUACCCAAACACCUACGAAUGCAAGGGCUUGGAGGAGAACUACUGUCGUAACCCAGAUGGAUCCGAGGCACCCUGGUGCUUCACGUCUGUGCCUGAGAUGAGGACGGCUCUUUGUUUACAGAUCAAACGCUGUGCAGACGACAUUGAAGCUGAGGAUUGCUACCAUGAAAAUGGUAAAAAGUACAGGGGUGUAGUCCGUAAGACGCGUAAGGGCAUCACCUGUCAGAAGUGGAGUGUCAACAUGCCUCACAAAACAAAGAUAAACCCAGGGACCCACCCUGAUGCCAACCUGACAGAGAACUACUGCCGGAACCCAGAUGGGGACCAGCACGGACCCUGGUGCUACACCACUGACCCCAAAACAGAGUUUGACUACUGUGCCAUCAAGCAAUGUGCUGGGGAGAAAGUGUCCAUCAUUGAGCCAUCAGAGAUUGUGGAGUUUAAUGAGUGUGGAAAGAGAGAGGAUCGUUUGGCCAAGAGCCCAAUACUGCGUAUUGUUGGUGGGCUUCCUGGAAACUCUCCCUGGACCGUCAGUCUCAGAGACAGGAAAGGAAACCAUUUCUGUGGAGGCUCCCUGGUUAGCUCCAAAUGGGUGAUCAGUACUAAGCAGUGUUUCUCCUCUUGCUAUGUUGACCUUCCAGGGUACUCGGCCAUGAUGGGGACAUUGUUUCGUAACCCCAUAGUAGGAGAGCCAGACCGACAGACUAUCCCUCUCACCAAGAUCGUCUGUGGACCCUCUGAGUCCCAGCUGGUCAUGCUACAACUGGAAUACCAUGCCCAGUUUAACGAGCGUGUGUCUCAGAUAUGCCUGCCCCCUGAACGCUACAUAGUUCCAGAAGGAACCCUCUGUGAGAUCGCAGGCUGGGGUGAAACUCAAGGCACUUCUACAGAUGACUCUGUGCUCAAUGUGGCUCAAAUACCAGUUCUAAGCAACAAGGAUUGUAACAACUACUUUCGGGGUCGUGUUCGGGAGAACGAGAUGUGCACCAACUCCUUCCAGGGUGGGGUGGGUGCCUGUGAGAGAGACUAUGGGGGCCCUCUGGCCUGUCAGAACAGUGACUGCUGGGUGCUUGAGGGAGUGAUCAUCCCCAUGAGGCGCUGUGGACACCCAGGCCAGCCUAACAUCUUCAUCCGUGUCUCUGUCUAUGUGGACUGGAUUAAGAAGGUCAUGGAGAUGGCUUAGUCACGAAUACAUUAUGUCACCAAGCAGUGACUGGCUCUAUGUUCUACUGGACUGCAAUAUAUUUAUCCACCCUCACCCCCCACCCAUAGCUCACAAUCCAUGACCACCUAAUUGUAAUCCGUGACCAUCUACAUACAAUUAGUUAAUAUACACUGAGUAUAUCAAAUAUUAGGAACAGUAUUGAUUUUCCCUCAGAACAGUCUCAAUCCCCCCCCAAAAAAGCACUCGACAGGGAUGCUUGUUGAAUGCUGGCCCAUGUUGACUCCAGUACUUCCCACAGUUAUGUCAAGUUGGCUGGAUGUCCUUUGGGUGGUGGACCGUUCUUGAUACACACAGGAAACUGUUGACUGUGAAAAACACAAACCGAUGCACAUGGUACCUAUUACCAUACCCUGUUCAAAGGCACAUAAAUAUUUUGUCUUGUCCAUUCCCCCACUGAAUGGUACAUAAACACAAUCCAUGUUUUAAUUGUCUCAAGGCUUAAAAAUCCUUCUUUAGCAUGUGUCCUCCCCUUCGUCUACACUGGUUGAAGUGGAUUUAACAAGUGACAUCAAUAAGGGAUCAUAGCUUUCACUUGGAUUCACCUGGUUAGUCUAUGUCAUGGAAAGAGCAGGUGUUCUUAAUUGUUUGUACGCUCAGUGUAUAAUGUGUGUUAUUCUACAAUCUUAUGACAAAAAUAUAAGAUAAAAUAACUAUGUUUUCCCUUGUCUUCUGUCUACGUGUCAAAAACAAUAUUAGGCAUUUUGAUCUGAACAAAAUAACCAUCAUCUUAUGGUGAUUACAUUACAUAUUGAACCUUGACCUCAGGAUGUGCUUGUGAAGGACAUGCCUCCUUAACCUCAUGCUUCUCAAAAGCGUUCCUACACCCUUCACUAAAACUGCUGACUUAUAUACCCCCCCCCCACCCUUCCAGUAUCCGAUGGAGCUCCAAAAUACCUUCUUGGCCCUCCAGCCUCCAAAGAAAUCCCUCAUCUGCCUGUUGUUUUAUGUUGUUAUAAUUAAACAGACUAUUUGUGCACUCUGAUUCAACAAAUAAGUUUAGCAAAUGAGUGCUGAUUUUACUGGCUUCGGUCCGUUUCAGUGGCAGUUUGGCAGUUCAUGCUGCUCACUUUUGUGAAAUUAUGUUUAAUGACUAAUCAAAUACUUAUAUGACUUAUAGUAACUCAAAACAUCUCCAGUCGUGCCCUCUUCUGACUACAUUUUAGAUUAAAGCAUUUUAUUCCAUGCUGCAGAGAACUUGUCAUUUCAAUUGAUCUUAUCAAUAUGAAUAUAUCACCUUGUUUUGAGCAAGCUGACUCAUUUGGCUAACAUGUCUUUUUUGGUCAUAUGGGGUUUUCUUUUCUGUAAAUUAGUUUUCUCUUCAUAACUGUUUGAGUAAUUCAUUGUUAUUCUCAGUAAUUCAUUGUUAUUCUCAGUAAUUCAUUGUUAUUCUCAGUAAUUCAUUGUUAUUCUCAGUAAUUCAUUGUUAUUCUCUAAUUCAUAACUUUAUACAUGUAGCCUAUAAAGCAUUUUCAUUAUG